AUGAUGAAACACCCAAACACACACACAGACAAGAACCUCCGCCGUUGGAUCUGGCGCCAGGUAGCAUUGGUGGCCGUGAUCAUCGAAUUGGUAAUGGAUUCUGUCAAACUCCUCGACCGUCUCAGAGGAGGCUCAUUAUCACUUAUACUUCCGUGGCCGCGGUCGUCCAGCUCCACUGUGCCCGCCGUGUCAAACAACGAAACUUUGCCCACCAGCAGUCCCAGAGUGUCCAACACCUGGCGCGGGUCCGCAAGGUACGCUUUUGCAACCGUUUCCUUAUUGGCCGGCCCCACCGUCACAGGGAACACCCCCGAGUUGCCGUCCUUGGCCACAUGCCCGUGGUCCAUCCAGUCCUGCUCCACAGAGUUCAGCACCUUGAACAUGUCCUCGUCCGUGGUGUCGUCUCCCAAACACAUGAUAAAGUCCGGAAUGUCGUUAAAGUCGCGCUUCUUGCCGUCGAACGGGUCCGAGUUCAGCACCAGCCGUCUGACUAUCUCUCCCUUGUUCACAAACGAUGGACGCACCUCCACGUUAGCCUUGCCGGACAUCACCUCCACGUCCAGCGACGCCAUUCUCGACAGCAGCUCCGCCUUGCACUUGGCAGCCUGGUACAUGCCCAGCUCUGGAUCCGCUUUACGGUAG